GGAAACAGAUACACAUAAAACAAAAUAAAAAUAUAAUAAUAUAAUUGGAAAGAAAGAAAACAAAAAAAGCAAGCAGGGGUUACGUUAAUCCGAAGCAAUUACAGGAAGAAAAGGUUUAAGAUUACAAUAAAUAAAAGGAUUUUAAUCAAAAUCACAGCCUUUUCAGAUCAGACUUUCAAAUCCAAUCCAUAAAGUCAGAGGUUAUUCAUUUUGGAAAGAGCUUGUAGAGACAAAGAUUGGCUACAUGAGUAGAUUCUUUACGACGAAAGUUCGGUGAUUUAGAAACUACAGUUCUUCAUAAAUGUGGUUUUUACCUAUCCUCUUAAAUAAACUACUGAAUGGAGGAUCUACUGAUCAUGAAGAGGCGGAUAGUGUGAAUCUGGUUGAAACCUACAACUAUAAAUCGUCGUUGAGAAAUAAAAAUGACAAGAAAAAAGUAUUGCUGCAGUCACACUUCAUUGAUGUCCCUCAUAUAAAACAAAAACGCAACUGGGAUUGUGGCCUUGCUUGUGUUUUGAUGGUUUUGAGAACCCUUAACAUCAAGCAUUUUGAUUUUGAGGAUUUGGAGGCAUUUUGUCCUACAAUUAGUAUAUGGACAGUGGAUCUGGCUUAUUUACUGCAUAAACUUUCUAUUCGCUUCUCUUACAUCACUGUAACUUUAGGUGCUAAUCCCAAUUUUUCUUUAGAGACAUUCUAUGAGAAACAAUUGACUGAUGAUAUCAUAAGAGUAAAUAUGUUGUUCCAGAGAUCACAGGAAGCCGGGAUAAAUAUCGAGUGCAGGUCGAUAAAGGGAGAUGAAAUUGCCCUGUUGAUAUUAUCAGGAAAGCAUAUUGUGAUUGCCUUAGUUGACCUUUACAUUUUGAGUCAGCCUUGGACAAAGAAAGUUGACAAAUCAGAUCUGGAUAGUAGUUCCUCCAGUUAUACCGGUCACUAUAUUAUCAUAUGUGGUUAUGAUGCUCGUACAGAUGAAUUUGAGAUCCGUGAUCCUGCCAGCUCUAGGUAUCGAGAGACAAUUUCUUCAAGAUGCUUGGAAAAAGCUCGUAUAUCUUUUGGCACAGAUGAAGAUAUCCUCUUGAUACAUCUAGAGAAUACAGAUACUUGAAAACAACACUCAAUGAAUGUUGUUAAAGCGAGGCAAUCAUCAGCCCGAGCAUUAUUGUUCUUUCUUCACAACUACAAAUAUUGAAAGGUCCUUUUCCUAUAUACCUAUCUCAUGUUUAAUAGGGAAUUUUCCUAUAUUGUGAACCACAUUACUUAUUGUAGAGCAAGUACAAGGUUACUUCAUUAUCAUUAUAUAAAAGCUGAACAAAUAUUUGUAAUUUUGGAAUAAUCAAUGGAUACGAUCAAAAGAUUGUAUCCUGGUUCAGCUUCAAGUUUGUUUUGGGUUAUUGUUUAAGUCUUGAUCUGAAAUCUGAAAUACAUACAGUCGAUGCAAUAUUAAGAGAUAUGUAAGAAUUGAUGUA